AGAAGGAAGUGAAGAAAAGAAACGACGCCGAUAAAUACGUUUUGUCAGUGAAAAGAGUGAAUUUAGGAUUGGUUGAUAAGGAAAAAUUAUAUUAUGAUUAUGGGAAAUACAUAAAUACUCUGAUUAAUAAUGAAAAUGACUCUAGCAAGACUUCUGUUUUAUAUAACCUUUGUAGCAGCGGCUACCCAAGUCUUUGGAGAUGACUUUAAAGAAGAAUUAUUCAUUAAACCCCUGUUACCGACACACCUUUACACGUAUUUCCAAUUCAUAACUCAAAUUCAGGAUGAAUCUUCAUUUGAACAUUCCCAUUUAUCUCCACGGUCCCUGGGUGAAAUAAUAUCACGUUUUCAUGUGGAGGAGCUGCACCUUACACUGACAGAGGGCCAAUGGAGGCACAACCAGUGGGGCUAUCCAGUCCAGGAUGCUGCUCCCGGCGCCGAACUAUACGCCUGGUUCUCCCAUGAUGUUGUUGACAUUGAUAAACAGUGGCGGGAGCUGAGCUCAACCCUCGCAGGUCUCUUCUGUGCUUCUUUGAACUUUAUACAAAACUUCAACACUGUCACACCACAAAUGGUCCUAUGGCCAUCGGGUGCAUUCAAACCUAACCAAAAUGUCACUUCACAACUGAGAUAUGCAUCUCUACCUAGAGAAAUAGUUUGUACAGAAAAUUUGACUCCGUGGAAGAAACUUUUGCCCUGUGAGUCAAGCCGUGGAUUUGCAUCAUUACUCAAUUCCAGGAUGAUCCACAACACCAAUUAUCAUUCCAUUGGAGUGCACUUCAGGAAAAUGUGCUCAAUAAAAGACUGUACACAAACCCACUUAGAAAUUAAACAGACAGUUGCUCUUGUGUAUGAUUAUAAUAUAAUUAAAAGUAGUGAUUGGUCAUUCCGUAAACUGUUUGGACAAGGCUUACCUGGUGCAUGUCCAUUAUCUACAAAAAGCACAAUAUAUGUUGAUGUAUCUUCAAAUGACACACAGCCGUUCCAGUUGCUGUCCCCACCAGACAAGACGGAAUUAUCCCAGCGAGGUGGCAGUCAGGUGAAGCUUGCAGUUUAUGAUGUAGAGCCCAAUGGUCAGAUGAUUAACAUUGGUGUUAAACAUAAUUCUAAUAGCAAAUUAGUUGUACCCGUUGCGCCUCCUUUAACUUUUACCCGAUAUGUGCUUGGUUAUGGAAAAGAAUUUGGUGGCAUUGUGACAGAGUUCACCAACAACUAUUGGUCUCCAAUAAACAUAGUAUUACUGGAAAAUGCUCCAUGGUGGCUGCCUAUACAGCUCAGUACACUAAGAGUUAACGGAGAAGCCGAAAGCAAGCUAGUCAAGUCACAGUACUACUCUCCAGGACGCAGCAGGCAGAAGCCGUACCACCUUGAACUAUUGCUAGCACUGCCUCCUAGAUCAACUACAACUGUCACCAUUGAUUUUGAGUUUGUCUUCCUGAAGUGGCAAGAAUACCCUCCUGAUGCAAACCACGGAUUCUACAUUGGAUCUGCUCUUGUAUCUGCUAACCUUCCAACUGCUAAGAAUUAUACCAGUCUGCCCAUCACUGGAAGCACAUUUGACUCUAUCAUCAAUGCUUCACAAUCUUGGUACCCCAUCGUAUUCCGGACUAACGGCGCCAUGGUGUCCCUCCCAACGCCUGACUUCAGUAUGCCCUACAAUGUCAUCUGCCUGGCUUGUACCGUGGUCGCACUGGCAUUCGGCCCUCUCCACAACAUCUCCACCAAGGAGCUUGUCCUUAAGCCCGUGGGCACGCCUAUGUCCCUCGCUCAAAAGGUCAUGAGCUUGUUUAAAAAGAAAAAGUAGUACUACAUUUAUUUAUUUUUGUAUAGACUGAUUAAUAAAUUACGUUUUCAAUAUACCAUUUUAUUUGUUAAGAGCCAAUCAACGUGCACACUAGCACCAUAGCUAAAAAACCGGCCAAGUGCGAGUCGGACUCGCGUUCCAAGGGUUCCGUAUAUUACACAAUUUUUAACAAUGUAUUUUUUAUGUGAAACGUGAGUGAAAUCUCUUUAAAAAAUCCGUAGGGGUCGGAUCAAAAACUGUAAUCAAGUCCGACUCACGCUUGACUGUACAUUUCUAAUAGGUUUUCCUUUCAUCUAUAGGUAAUUAGGUAUAGACCUAUUUUAUGUAUUUUUUUCAAAAUUUUAGUCCUAAUAGUUUCGGAGAUAAAGGGGGGGGGGGUGGUCAGGUGGUGGUUGAAUAACUUCAAGAAAAUAGGCAAAUUGUUACAUAUUUACUGUAACUUUGAAUUGACUUUUAAAUGAUGAUUUAUAAUGAUAAAUAUUUACUAACAUU